AUGUCUGCGCCAGCUCAAGCACCCAAGAUCCGCCGCAUUGGCCCAUUGCCCACGGAAGAGGCGAAAUGGACGGAGCUUCGUAAGAUCGAAUGGACCGACCAGGAGGGCAAAGACCGCGUGUGGGAGGCAGCAGCGCGCAAGACACGCGGCAAAGGAGGAAUCGACGCCGUCGCCAUCACACCAAUUCUCCGUCACCCCAAUAAGCCGCCAUCAACAAUGAUCAUCCUUCAGUACCGGCCACCAGUCGAGGCAAUCUGUGUCGAAUUCCCAGCUGGACUCAUCGACGAAGGCGAGACUCCAGAGCAGGCCGCCGUGCGUGAGCUCAAAGAGGAGACAGGUUACGAGGGCAAGGUGUGUGAACAUAGCCCAACGAUCAGCUGUCAGCCCGGAAUGACCAAUGCUUCAAUACAGAUGGUCAUCAUCGAGGUGAAUCUGAAGGAAGGAGACGAGGAACCGGAGCAGCAUCUGGACGCCGGCGAGCAUAUCGAGAGGGUCAUUGUACCUCUGGACCAGCUUUACGACAAGCUGAAAGCGUACUCGAAAGAGGAGGGCAAGAUUGUGGAUGCUCGACUUUUCCAUUGGGCGCAUGGCUUGCACUGGAGUACUCGUCUCAACC